AAUCGUGAGGCUCUGCAGUAUUAUUUGGAGACACCGCUAAAUGAAUGCCAGUGGACUAACGGAGCGUCGGAAGCGGAAAACGGUGCGCAUCUGCACAGUGGUUUUUACCGCAGUGCAUCUGCAGCAUCCUCUGAACUGAGCGGCAGAGGUGGCGUAGAGAACAAGAGCGUUCACGGGGAGGACGACGCGUCUGUUUAUUCGCGUACAUACUUUGAUUUUUUUUUUUCCGUCUGGUUUAUAUGUGCCCUUGUGCGCUCACCGUGUUUUCCCUGCAAUGCCAACACUACCGACGCAUCUCUCCUACGAACACGGGGUCAUCAGAUAGGUGAAAAUACAAGACUUUUCACAUACAGCUGUCAUCGCAGGAGAGGACAGUGUUGUUUUUUUUAUUUUUUUUUCCCCCGAAGAAGACGAGGCCUAAAUUUAGGACAGUGAGCUCUGUUUUCACUGAUCCGAUUAAGGAUAAUUAUCUCUAGACCAGUGGAUUGGUCCGUAUUAAAUAUUAGUAGCGUGUUAAUAAGAGGUAGCCAUUUGUUUAUUAUCAUAGAGCAUGCAAAUUCAAUCUUAUGCACUGGCAUGUAAGUAGUGUUCAGUCAGUUAGUCAGUAGCUGGCAUGUUCCACAUUAUAUUGAAACCUACUAUUGUGUGCUGUUGUAGUCUGUAAUUUCCUAUCAUUAAACAAAAGAGCAUGUGGCCCCUGGCAGGUCUGAUGGUUGCUCUUUGCAUCUCAUAAUAGGACCUCAGGGAAAGAAAAAAAAAAAAAAGAAAGAAAAUCUAAUCUCAGGGUGUUGAUUUGGGUUGCACUGUGAGUCACUAGGUAUCUGGAUAGUUCCAUCUGCUAUGUGAUGAUUAAAAGCAAGUAGCUCAUCACUUGAAUGCAGAUAAAUAGAGAGGGCAGCAAUAAUUUGUGGCAAUAAAUGCUGUGAUCAACAGUCAGUUGUUUUGCUGUCGUAAGCCAAAGACUUGAGGCACACACGGAAGUUGCAUAGAUUCAAGGGUGUAAGUAAGGCCUAAGCAAGAUAUACUUUACUGUUGCACUAUACGAUGCAUGUUUAGCUGCAAGACUGACACAUAUUGCUUUAUUGCAUUAGUCUGCACUUUACUGACACUAACAGUCUUCGUAAGAUACAUAGUACGUCUUAAAAAUAUUGCAGAUAUCCGUUCACAGUUUCAUAGGUGCUCAUUGUAGUGGACUGUGGAAAUCUUUUGGAGCUUCAUUUGUACUUUUUUGAGGCCCUUCCAGUCCAAAAGAAGACUCAGAUGUUCACUGACAUGGCAGCAUUUCACCUCCUGGUCCUGACUCUGCUCUGCACCCUGUUUGUGUACCGGUGUCAUGGAGCGUGUGCUGAAGUGGCGUCUGACACAGAAGCAGUAGCGGGUCAAGGCUUUAAACUGGGCUGCAUCUCCUGCAAAAGGAGGAGUGAGGUGGACGGAUCUGCUUACGUCGAAUGGUACUUCAAACCCAAAGGAGAGUCUGGCUUUGUCCAUAUCUACACUUACAAUGAGGACGGCGCCACCAUUGAGCAUGAUCAGUUUGCAGACCGAUUGGACUGGAAUGGAAGCAAGAGGAGCCACGACAUCCAGGAUGCUUCGAUAUACCUGUUCAACGUAACCUUCAACGAUACAGGCACCUACCGCUGUUACUUCUACCGCACGCUCUUCUACGAAAACUAUGAGUACAGCACCACAGUCGACAAGCUGGUCCAUCUCUCAGUGGUGGCUAAAGCCAGCAGAGGUACAGCAUCCAUAGUGUCUGAGGUCAUGAUGUACGUGUCCAUCAUCGGCCUGCAGGUCUGGCUCCUCAUAGAGAUGAUAUACUGCUACAGGAAAAUAGCAGCAGCAGGAGAAGAAGCAUUACGGGAAGCAGCAAAUGCUGAGUAUUUAGCGAUAGCAUCGGAAAGUAAAGAUAACUGUGCAGGGGUGCAGGUGGGAGAAUAGCACAGGCUUCUUCCAUGGUCCAAAGACAUCCUUCCAUCGUCUGGCGUGCAUGAGGACAACCUGCGGAAAAAACUCCUGUCAUCUCAGAUCUGUAUUUUACCUUUUCCCUAACAAAGACCACAAAAGGAUAUGACGUAUACAGAGAGCAUGGUACCAGCACUGUAUAUAGUUAACCGCGCAUAACAAGCAUGUUCUGCACUUAUAUGAGAAACCAUUAUGCAUUAAUGAGCCACAUUGUCAAUAGCAUACGUUUAUAUAAAACUUAAGUGGUACUAUGGGAGUCUGUCAGACUCUGUGAUUGUUAAAGAAAGCUUUUUACUAAAUCAUCACCACCUAAUGUAUAAACAAUGAGAUACACAUGUAUGGUGAAGUUAUCUAGAAAAUAGAAUGUGAUGGACAGAUAGGCUGUCUUUCUGGUGAACUACUACUAGUUGUACAUGCAAUGAAACCUUACUAAUGUACUAAUAAAAUCUGAGAAAACAUGA